ACUUGCUCUUGGAACGACGAAGCGAUGGUCGGUGAUGAGAGGGGUUUAACUGAGCUGCAGGAAUUCGCCUGCAAGAGGUUGCCUUUGAUUGUCCAUUCGAUAGAGAAAAGCAUCGGUUUGUUUCCCCCUCCUAUAUCGGAUACCUAGAUUCACUUAGGAGACAGAAAACGAUGUCAGCUAGGUUGAUUAAGAGGGUCCUGAAUGAACAACACCGUCCCCUUGAAGUGAAGGAAGAGGAAGAAGAGAAUCAGCUCCAAGGAGAAGAUUCGGUGUCCCCAGAAUCCGUAUCUCGUUCUUCAAUCAAUCCCUUCGACCUCCUCAAUGACGAUGAUUCUGAACCAGACCAGGAAAGCGAGCCGACAACUUCCAAUGAAAGAUUGAGGCGAUCUGAUGAUAAACAGGAGUUGCCUUCAUUGAAAUAUACAGCUGUAGCUUCAACGUCUAAUCUAAAAUCAAAGAAGAAGAAAAAGAAGAAAAACAAGGAUAAUUCUUCGUCAAAUAAAGGUAGAGGUGAAAAAGAAUUGGACCAUAUUCUGGAGAGUUUAUCAAUAGAUGUCAACUCUUCUACUAAGCAACAUGUCUCUACAAAAGACAGAAUAGCGAACAGCAAACACCAAUAUAAAACUGUUAAGCAGCAGUCAUUCUCCAUAUUACAAGUGGAUCCUAAAUAUUUGAAUGCUGAAAAUGAGCUGAGAAGAAUAUUUGGUUCCAAGGUAGUAAAAUCAUUCGAGGGUAGUAAUCAAGCUGGCAGUUCUAGGCCAAUUCGAGGGGUGAGGCGUGGACACUAUAAUCUUAGGAAGACUGUUCUCGUCCAUCCAGCUGACCAUUGGCCCCGGUGGGAUGGUUCUUUGUCCAUGGAAUUUUUGGAAACAAAGGAUGGAUAUAGCUACUUUAGAUAUGAACACACGUCAUCCUAUUCUCAAGCUCAGAAGGCAUUUGAAGCUGCCAAAGCAAUUAAUGACUUAAAUGGUUUAGCUAGCAUAUUACUGUACCAUCCUUAUCAUCUAGAUUCACUUUUAACAAUGGCGGAGUAUUUCAAGGUUGUGGGUGAGCAACAGAUGUCUGCAGAUGCUACUGCCAAGUGUCUAUAUGCCCUUGAGUGCGCAUGGCAUCCCAUAUUCACUCCACUGCAGGGCAAUUGUCAAUUGAAAUUCAGCCAUGAAACUAACAAACCGAUGUUCACAGCUCUUUUUACUCACAUGAAGAAUUUGGACAGGCGUGGCUGUCAUAGAUCUGCUUUAGAGGUCUGUAAGUUGCUGCUUUCACUAGAUUCUGAUGAUCCCAUGGGGGCAAUUUUCUGCAUUGACUACUUUGCUUUGAGAGCUGAGGAGUAUGCAUGGCUGGAAAAAUUUUCCGAAGAUUAUAAAAGCGAUAACUCCAUUUGGUUGCUCCCAAAUUUCUCUUAUUCCCUUGCUGUUUGCCGGUUUUACCUUGAGCAAGAGGCGUUAGAAGAUGGUUGUAGGGAUGCUAAAAAGGCUUCUUCAACUGAUCUCAUGAAACAAGCAUUGAUGCUUCAUCCUUCUGUUAUAAAGAAGCUAGUGGCAAAAGUACCUUUGAAAGAUCGUGUGUGGACAAAUGUUCUCAAGCAUGCCUUUUUCCGAUCAGACCAAAUAGGAAUUCCAUCUCAAGAUCACUUGAUAAAUAUAUAUGUAGAAAGAAAUUAUCUUAUAUGGAGGCUUCCAAAACUGCAGAAGUUGCUCAGUGAUGCUGCACAACUAGUGCUUGAAACUACAGAAAAUAAUAGAAGUGAGGUAAAGGAUUGGGCUUGUGUCAGAAAAGAAGCAUUCUCAUCUGAGAAAAAUGAGUAUGGACAUUUGUUGGUUUCUGAUUUUUCUGACUCGGUGGCUUCCAUUCCUCAAGAGAAUCUGCAAAAUUUUAUGGGCGCUCCAAGGAUGAGAGAGGUUAUGCAGAAUGAGAAUGAAAUGGCUAAUUUGCAUGGAAAUGGCCAUGUUCAUCGUGAUGUUACCAACCGGAGUGCAUUGGCUGUCUUGUUUGAGUCAAUGCUACCAUGGGUUACUUAUGGGGAUGGGGAGGAUGGUGGACCUGAUGGGCAUCAACAAGACAAUCAAUAAUUCUGGAUGCAACUCGGCCAUCAAGGGUCUGGAAAUGGUGCUUUAAAGAAAAUAAUAACUCAACACCUACUCUUUUUCUUCAUGGUGGGUUUGUUGGUUGGGAGGAGGAAUAUAGUUAAACUCUACGUGAAUGAUAUCUCUCUGCAUAGAGCCAUGCCGCCAAAUCACAAGCCUUGUGCUUUUGCGUUGAUAUUCUUAAAUCAAUCUCUAUCUGGGAUCUCAAGAUGCCUAAAGAUGGCAUGGUCCACAGAGAGUUUUGUGGUGUCUAAUUUUUGAAAUGUUAAAGCUAUACGUUAUUGUUAAGGACGUCUGAUCUUUGCGUUGCGAGCACAGUAGGGGUACUGAUAAUUGGGGGCGUUCUACUAGUGGUACUCUGAAUUUGUGCUGCUCUCAAUUGUUUAGGCAUAUACAUCAUCUUGCUAAAAUUUCUGUGUAGAUGGCUCUUUUCUGUAAUGUGUUGCUGGGUAUUUUCUCUA